GGUCACUGAAGAAGGGGUGUCAGGCCCUGUAGGGGCUGUGCUGCCACCAAGGCCUGUUACCUGCUUCCAUUCCAGGCCUGGCAGGGCCUGACCAGAUGCUGCCACCCCAGAGCCCAGCCUUCCUCAUGCGCUGGGGACCCCAGAGUAGAUGUAGGGGGCCAUCGGCCGCCAGCCCCAGGGCUCAGGGCUCCAGUUGUCACCACCCUCCAACCCCCUGCUAGCGUCUCCAUACCACCAGUUGGGGAAGAACUAGAGCUGGGGUCAAAGGCAUGUGCACAUCUGUCGACGGGCUCAAAGGAACAGCCCAUAAAACCCUGAAGGCAGGCUCUCUGCUGUAGGGCCCCUGACCACCUGGAUGAAUGUGGGGGCCCCUGAGCCUGUGCUAACACUGCUGGACACUCGAGCUGGUGGGGAGCCAGGGGCCACUGUUCCCAGGCCUGGGCCUGUCACACCCCAAGGCGUAUGUGGCUGGGGUCCCGAAGAGCCUUUGAGACUCAGUGUUUUACGCCAGUCUCAGUGUGCAGGUAGAAAUGCCUGUGGGCUCACCUGGGCCGGCGAGCUUCCCACAGACAUCUCCCGUUCCUAAACCAGCGUGCACCUGGCCCGGCCUUGUGGCCCUUCCCAGGGCUGCAAGAACCCCCUCAAGAAACGUCAGGAAUUUUGAAAAUGUGCAGGUUUAUUACUCACAGGACGUGGAAAUGAAAUGUCACAGCACCCCUGGGCCAUGCAGCGAGGUCGCGGGCAGAGAGAGAGAGUGCAUAGGCCAGGGGUGCUGCUUUUAUUGGGGUCCGUGGUGGGGGCUCGCUCUUUAAUGGUGAAUUUAAAACAUAGGAGCGGGAAUUUAAAACGCAGGAAGCAGGCUUGAGGGGAACCCAAGUGGCCCAAAUGGUCAGUCAUUAAAAUCAACCACGAUCUCCAGAGCAAAGGGGCUUUGGUGGGGGAGGGGUGGGCUCUCUGGCCCUGGGGCUGGCCGCAUGUAUAUUUGAGACACCCAUCUUUGAAGUGGAUGCCUCUGCACUCAAAGCUUAAGUCAGGCACUUGCAUUAGCACCCCCCCCCCCCCCAAAAAAAAACGGGGCUUACAUGAUAACCAGCGUUUCCCAGGCUGAGGGACAGGGGUCCAGGAGAGUGGUUGUCUGUUUUCUCCUUUUUUGCAGCUCUGGUCUGUUUUCUGCAGGGUCCCCUGCUUCCAGGGAGGGGGAGAUUUUGGGUGAUGCUGGGAGGACAGCUCACCCGGAGGUCACAGGUUAAGAACCUGGGCAGCAGGUAGCACACUCCAGACUGCGGGGAGGAUAGCCCAGCCAGGCCCGGUCUCCAGGCCCCCCGCCCAGCUCUGUGGGCACUGCCCCUUGGGCAGACCCCAGCACCCCCAGCCCCGGCCCACUCUGCCUCCUGCAGCUGAGAUGUGAACCUUCCUGUUGGGCUUGGAGUUGGAUGGCCCCACCUCCAUCACUGCCCCCAUGGCCACUGUCAGGUCACUGAGCCUGCUCUGCGAGACCCCAGGCCAGAGAGGGGGGCCAGCAGGCUGUAGCCCCGGGGGGGAGUACUCGGGGCCCAGUGGGACCCCCCACUCUAAAUUCUGCUCAGUAUCAAGGUCAGCAUUCCCCUGGGCCCUCCGGGCGGUUGGCGUGGGAGCAGAAUUUGGGGAAUCCCUCGGGCGCAGGAGGGCGUGAGUGGCCUCUGCAGCCCUGGCCCUCCCCCCGCUGACCUCACCCAGUGGGCCUGCGGGAGAAUGAGCCCAGUGUGUCCCGUGCGGGGCAGUGCCAAGCAGUCCCCAACAAAGGAGCCUUUGGGGUGCCUGGCGCUGGAAUGCCAGCCUGUGGCAGGGGUGAGGGGACAGGCCACUGCAGUGGCCUCAGCCCCAGCCACACUGUAUUCCCUGAGCGCCGGUCCAGCUCCAGGCCCCGCAGUCCCCAGCCUGACUCGUCCCUGUGGCUUGGGCACAGCCUUCCCAGAUCCAUCCAGAAAGAUGCCUGGAUGAGACUUGCAGUGCAGCUGCUCAAGGCCACAGACCUCGGCCGGCACAGCCUCCUGUACCUUGAGGAGAUUGGCCACGGCUGGUUCGGGAAGGUGUUCCUGGGGGAGGUGAGCUCGGGCAUCCUCAGCACUCAGGUGGUGGUGAAGGAACUGAAGGCCAGUGCCAGCGUGCACGAGCAGGUGCAGUUCCUGGAGGAGGCGCAGCCCUACAGGGCCCUCCAGCAUGGCAACCUGCUCCAGUGCCUGGCCCAGUGCGCAGAGGUGACGCCCUACCUGCUGGUGAUGGAGUUCUGCCCCAUGGGGGACCUCAAGGGCUACCUCCGGAGCUGCCGGGUGGCAGAGUCCAUGGCGCCUGACCCUCUCACCCUGCAGCGCAUGGCUUGCGAGGUGGCCUGCGGCGUUUUACACCUGCAUCGCAACAACAACUACGUACACAGUGACCUGGCCCUGAGGAACUGCCUGCUCACAGCUGACCUGACUGUGAAGAUCGGCGACUACGGCCUGUCUCACGGCAAAUACAGGGAGGACUACUUCGUGACCGCUGACCAGCUGUGGGUGCCACUGCGCUGGAUUGCGCCCGAGCUAGUGGACGAGGUACAUUGCAACCUGCUGGUGGUGGACCAGACCAAGGCCAGCAACGUGUGGUCCCUGGGCGUGACCAUCUGGGAACUCUUUGAGCUAGGCGCGCAGCCCUACCCCCACCACUCCGACCGGCAAGUGCUGGCCUACGCCGUCCGCGAGCAGCAGCUCAAACUGCCCAAGCCCCAGCUGCAGCUGACCCUGUCUGACCGCUGGUAUGAGGUGAUGCAGUUCUGCUGGCUUCAGCCUGAGCAGCGGCCCACGGCUGAGGAGGUGCACCUGCUGCUGUCCUACCUGUGCGCCAAGGGCACCACCGAGGCAGAGGAGGAGUUCGAACAGCGCUGGCGCUCGCUGCGGCCCGGCGGGGGUGGCAUGGGCCCCGGGCUGGGGGCGGCGGGCCUGGCGCUCGGGGGCGCAGGCGAGCUCGCCGCCGCCUCGUCCUUCCCGCUGCUGGAGCAGUUCGCGGGCGACGGCUUUCACGCCGACGGCGACGACGUGCUGACGGUGACCGAGACGAGCCGCGGCCUCAACUUCGAGUACAAGUGGGAGGCGGGCCGCGGCGCGGAGGCCUUCUCGCCGCCAGGGGGCGCGCCCAGCCCGGGCCACACGGCGCACCUGCAGGCGCUCUGCGCCCCCGACGGCGCGCCCCCGGGCGUGGUGCCGGUGCUCAGCGCGCACAGCCCCUCGGUGGGGAGCGAGUACUUCAUCCGCCUGGAGGAGCCCGCGCCCGUCGUGGGCCACGACCCGGACUGCGGCUGCGCCCCCAGUCCCCUUGCCGCAGCCCUGGCCUCCCAGGGCAGCGACCACAAUGAUAAUUCCGACUGCAGCGCGGCCACCUCGCUGGCUAUGGAGCCGCUGCUGGGCCGGGCGCCAUCCACCCGCAGCCCCUGGGGCCACUGCGACUACUACCCAUACAGGAGCGUCACUCAGGGCCCGCCCUGCCUCUCCCGCUCGGCCUCUCCCGCCGCCCUGAUGCUGGCGGAGCCCGGCGUGGAGGACACUGAUUGGGGCGUGGCCACCUUCUGCCCUCCCUUCUUCGAGGACCCGCUGGGCACAUCUCCCUCUGGGACUUCAGGGGCCCAGGGGUCCCUGGGCGAGGAGGAGGAGCCAGGGGAGGCCGAGGCUCGCAGGGCUGCCCACCACAGGAACUGGAGCUCCAACAUGUCCGCCAACAACAACAGUGGCAGCCGAGCGCCGGAGUCCUGGGCCCCAGGCUAUGCAGGUGGCUAUGCAGCCGGCUGCCCUGACAGGAAGCCGACUCUACGGGCUGUCCCUGAGCUGGGCCACCCUCUGGCCCUAGAGGACCCCAGAGAGCCUCUCCUUGGUCCGGAGGGGGCCUCCUUUGGCCAGAAGCCAGGCCUUGGCCUCCCCCAUCUGUGUGCUGCUGAGAGCCUAGCACCUGCCACCAGCCUGGUCACAUCCCCCUGGACAGAGGCAGCUGUAAGUGGGUUCGACAGCCCCCAGAUAGAGCCCAGGCUUGCGGAGGAGCCCGAGGGCUCCGCUGGACCCCAACUGUCCCUUCCAUCCAUCCCAUCCCCAUCCCGAGAAGGAGCCCCACUUCCCACUGAGGAGGCCAGCGCCCCCGCCGCCCUGCCUGCCUUGCCCACACCUGCCAGCAGCUGGGCGACUGCCACGGAGCCAGCCCGAGCCCUGGACAGCGGCAGCAGCUCCCUGGAGCUGGAGGCGCCAGGCAGUGAGGACGAGGACACCACGGAGGCCACUUCUGGUGUCUUCACCGACUUGUCCAGUGACGGCCCGCAGGCGGAGAAGCUGGACAUGAUGCCGGCCUUCCGCUCCCUGCAGAAGCAGGUGGGAACCCCUGACUCCCUGGACUCACUGGACAUCCCGUCCUCAGCUAGCGAUGGUGGCUGUGAGGUCUUCAGCCCGUCGGCUGCCGGCACCUCUGGAGGGCAGCCCCGAGCCCUGGACAGCGGCUAUGACACAGAGAACUACGAGUCCCCUGAGUUUGUGCUCAAGGAGACGCACGAGCCUUGUGAGCCGGAAGUUUUUGGGGAGCUGGCCUCAGAGGGCGAGAGCCCUGGGGCCGAGUCUCGGCUCUCUGCCUCCCUCAGCAGCCUCAGUGAGAAGAACCCCUACCGUGACUCAGCCUACUUCUCGGACCUGGACACGGAGCCCGAGACCCCCGUGGACCCGGAGAAGAGGGGCAGAGGUGUCCCGGCCCCUGGGCCAGAGCCGGAUCUGGAGAGCGGGCAGAGCUCGGGGCUGCAGCCUGCACAGUCCUCCUCUGAGUCUGGGGUGUCUGCAGAGGCGCAGAGCCAGGGCCCCAGGGAGGUACCACCACUGCAACUGUGUGAAGUCUCUUCCCUUGAGCCGCGCGCCUGCUCCGCAGGUCCCAGGCCAGAGCCUCUUUGGACCCAAGGCCCAGCCCAGGUGCCUCCAGUGCCCAGCCCCGCGCAUUCCAAGAUUUUCCUGCUGACCCCGGUCCCACCUAACUCAGAGAGCCACCGCCCUGAGCUGCAGGAGGCCCAGGGACUGCUGUCAGCCCCGCAGGAACGGACAGGGGGCCCGGGCGCCCCCAGAGCCCCACUCUGCCUGGCCCUGCCAGGACUCCCCGCAGCCCCGGAGGGCCGGCAGGAGGAGGACGAGGAGGACAGCGAAGACAGCGACGAGUCGGACGAGGAGCUCCGUUGCUACAGUGUCCAAGAGCCCAGCGAGGAGAGCGAGGAGGAGGCCCCGCCCGUGCCCGUGGUAGUGGCGGAGAGUCAGAGCGCGCGCAACCUGCGCAGCCUGCUCAAGAUGCCCAGUCUGCUGUCCGAGGCCUUCUGCGAGGACCUGGAGCGCAAGAAAAAGGCCGUGUCCUUCUUCGAUGAUGUCACUGUCUACCUCUUCGACCAGGAAAGUCCCACCCGGGAGCUUGGGGAGCCCUUCCCGGGCGCCAAGGAGUCGCCCCCUACGCGCCAGGCGGGCAGUCCCAGCUCGCCCAGCGCCCCCUGCCGGCCGCGACGCGCUGCAGGACCCCCCGACGGCUUCGCGGAGGAACAGGGCCGAGGGUUCGAGUGGGACGACGGCUUUCCGCUGACGCCGUCCGGGGAGCCCGCCCUGGCCGCCCCCACCGCGCCCUCCAAGGCGGCCGCGCCCGGCCUCUUGUCGCGCUUCUCCGUCUCGCCUGCACCUGCGUCCCGCUUCUCCAUCACGCACGUCUCCGACUCGGACGCCGGGUCCGUGGGAGGCAGACCCAGCGCCUCCCCUGCUACCCUUGGUCUGUCCCUGGCACAGUGUGUCCUGAAUGGACAUCUUAAUAAGCGAGACAGUCUCCAGGAGGCAAGCCCGGCAGGAGGUGCUGGGGGCAGCUGUAAAGAAGCUUGAGGCCCAGGUGGCCCCCCUCUGGAGCCCCUGCCCGUCCUGCCCCAGGCAGCAGCAAGGAUGGUAACCAAGAGCGAACGGGGACUGCGGUCCUCGCGGUGGUCGGCAGCAGCCUCCAGCACCUCAAUGCCCCACGCAGCACCCUGGACAGGAGCAGCCGUGCACGCCAGCCCGGUGCUGCCCUGGGAGCAGGAUUCCUCCUGGACACUCGGGUCUGCUGCUGGACCCUAGGGAUGCCCUUUGCCCCAGACCCGGUGGCAUCUCACCAUGCAGCUGCUCCCUCUGCCCUGGCCACUGCUGUCAGACUGCUUGGCCUCUGUCUGAGGCCAGGGGACCUGGUCACGUGGCAUGGGGAGGCUGCCACGCCCUGCCCACUGGCUCCCGUGUUGCAUUGCAGGAUGCUGUGUCCCCACAGCGGGUGAGAGAGUGGGCACAGGCCCGCUGGGACGGCCUCUCCCUGCCCCCUUGGCCCCUUCCGCCUUGUUCUGGGUUUGCUCAGAGCAAGAGGACCCCAGGCUUGGGGGCCCCACCACCCUUACCUCAAAGUCUGUGGCUGUAUCUCCCUUCACUGACUCAGACCUAUAAGCUUUCCCUCCCCAUGGGGUCUGGGGUGGCUUCUGCCUGGGUUCCGCUGCUGGAGCCAAGGUGGGCAGCAUGAAAUAUGGGGGGCUUUCAGGCUACACCCUUGCUGGCAGUCAUGGCCCCGUUCUAGAGGUGCCCGCUGCUGGCUGGCGUGGGCAGCAUCCCUCUGCAGGGCGCUGCCCAGCCUGGCCCAGCUGUCAAAGGGUAGUGGGGGGCCGCCCCCAUGGUCAGUAUCAGGGCUCCUGCCUGCAGGGAAGGGGCCUCGGGAAGGGGUGGAGCGGGGAGGGGGUGGGGGCAGGGAGCAGCACAGGGGAUAUUUUUGUAACCGCUAUUGUCAGAGCAAAUGGAAAUGGGAUGAUCUUAAGUUACUGUUGCCAAAGAGAUGUAAGUUUAUUGUUGCUUUGGGAGUGUGGGUGGGGACUCGUUUGGGUUUGUGUUUUUGUUUCUUAUUAGUUUGAGGCUUAGGAUGCUGGUGCAAUGAUUUUCUUGUUCCUUGUUUUUUUUUAAGAGAAAUCAAGCUAAGACAAAAAAGCCUUCACGCCAA